CAUCCCUUUUGUCCUCGGCUUCACCGCAGAGUAAGAAACCUCGAGACUGGACGGCGUGAGAUAGGUGAAGACAGGCGCGUUCGCCGGAUCGGAGAGGAGCAAUGGCUACCGUCAUGCAAAAGAUCAAGGACAUCGAAGACGAGAUGGCAAGGACGCAGAAGAAUAAAGCAACAGCUCACCAUCUUGGCCUGCUGAAGGCAAAACUUGCAAAGCUACGGCGGGAGCUUUUGGCUCCUUCUUCCAAAGGUGCUGGUGGUGCUGGUGAAGGCUUUGAUGUUACUAAAAGUGGAGAUGCACGGGUUGGUCUAGUGGGAUUUCCCUCUGUUGGAAAAUCAACACUAUUAAAUAAAUUAACCGGAACUUUCUCAGAGGUUGCUUCAUAUGAGUUUACAACUUUGACCUGUAUUCCUGGUGUCAUCAUGUACAGAGGUGCUAAACUUCAGUUACUGGAUCUACCAGGGAUCAUUGAGGGUGCAAAGGAUGGAAAGGGUAGAGGAAGGCAGGUUAUCAGUACAGCUAGGACAUGCAAUUGUAUCUUGAUUGUUCUUGAUGCUAUCAAACCAAUAACUCAUAAGCGGCUUAUCGAAAAGGAACUUGAGGGAUUUGGCAUAAGGUUGAAUAAGGAACCCCCAAAUCUAACAUUCCGAAAGAAAGACAAAGGUGGCAUCAACUUUACCUCCACAGUUACAAAUACACAGUUGGACCUUGAAACAGUUAAGGCGAUAUGCAGCGAGUACAGGAUACAUAAUGCUGAUGUUUCCCUGAGAUACGAUGCAACGGCAGAUGAUCUCAUUGAUGUAAUUGAAGGAAGCAGAGUUUACAUUCCAUGCAUCUAUGUAGUGAACAAGAUAGACCAGAUAACAUUGGAAGAAUUAGAAAUCCUAGACAAACUUCCACACUACUGUCCGGUCAGUGCUCACCUAGAAUGGAACCUCGACGGCCUUCUAGAAAAGAUAUGGGAGUAUCUUGAUCUUGUUCGGAUCUACACAAAACCAAAGGGCUUGAACCCAGAUUAUGAGGACCCUGUGAUUCUGUCUUCCAAGAGGAGAACCAUAGAAGAUUUUUGUAAUCGGAUUCAUAAAGACAUGCUGAAACAAUUUAAAUACGCACUGGUUUGGGGCUCGAGUGUGAAGCAUAAGCCGCAAAGAGUGGGCAAGGAACAUGAACUUGAGGACGAGGAUGUGGUUCAGAUCAUCAAGAAAGUGUAGACAAGCGAAGCAUUUCUGUCGCAGUUAAACCGAUCAUCGAUGGUAGAUUAAAAAAGGCAGAAGCUGGACUAGAACUUGAGUUAGAGUUGUAUUAUUUUUGUGAGUCUCUCCAUUGACUAGGAUCAAGCAUGGUUUCGUAGAACUACUUUUGGUAGUGUUUUUGUUUUGUUUUGUUUUUUUUUGACAUAGGGAUUAGAAUUUCAUGUAUGGAAGAGUAUUAUCAAGGUUUAAUUAACUGUUUUACCAUUUAAAUUA